AUGCUGGCCAGCAGGGAGCAGGACGGCGAGCUGCACUCGGCUGGGUCCGGCCUGAUCGCGCCCCUCGUGGCUCACUCAGCGCAGCGCAGCUCACCUGCACACUUCACGUUCCGACUUUCAGACGCCGUGACCAGCCGUCUGACCUCGGGCAAGUUACUCAGACUCGUCUGCCAGGGCGGCGUGGACGCCCGCCGCCCCCGCCCGUGCAGGGCUCUGCGGGGUGAGGGCCCGUGCGCGCUCGUGCCCGGCGCACAGGGACCCCGCGCGCACGCGCUGGAGAGAGCGCGCAGGGAGGGGGACGGAGUGGGGGUGCACCGGGACCCCUCCAGUGCAGGGGGCAGCGCACAGCUGAGUGCAGGGAGACUUGAGGCCCGCCUCUGGCUCUGUUCAGCCUGCAGCAGGUUCAACUCUGGCCUCAGUUGGCUCAUCUGCAAAACAGGGCCGGACCGUCAGCAUUCCUCGGAUCUCGGCCAGCUUCUCUUCUGGUCUGCUGUGCUCCUCCCUGGAUCAGCCUCAGUGAUCUUCAUGGUUCAAAGCCCGCGUCUGUCCACAGCCAGUCCCGCGUCGCAUCCUCCCGGCCCCCCUGCCGGGUCAUCACCUCUAAGACAGCUCUGCCUUUUCAACAAGGAGGAGGGCGUGCUGAUGAGCACGGACGGACGUUCCAAGGACCACAGACAAGAAUCGGGAGGAGGGACCGCCGCCCCAGUCCUCACACGCCCUUGCGGUUUGCUCGUGCCAUUUGCACGUCCGUCCCUUUUCCAUCUUUGUGAGCUUCAAACAGAAGCCAAGUUUGCCCUCUUUCCCUGUGUGUUUCCCCGGAGCGCUGGCCAGAGAGGUUCCCUCGCUAUCAUCUGAGUGGCCGAGGCG